GAGUUGUGCUGAGCGCCAGUAGAAAUGGCGGUAUCAAUAUAGUAUCAUCAACACCCACUUCCCUCCAGAGAGAGAGGGAGAGAGAGAGAGAGAGAGAGAGCUCAUUCUACUUUGGUUUCUCUCUUCUCCGUUGGAACAAGAACAAGAUGAAGAGAGAGAGAGAAUUUAUCGAACUCUCGGAGGAUGAAUGGUCCAACCACUCUGAUUCUUUUAAACCCUCGCGCAUCCUGAAAUCCGAACCCACUUCUCAAGACCCUCCUCCCCCUAUUGAGUCCUUUGCUUUCUCCAAGUCCGUUCACAUAAUCGAGAGCUCUUCUUCCGAGGAACUUGGAGAUGCGGCAGCUGGGAAUGCGAAGGGGAACGAAUUCGAGGAUUUAGAGGACGAGGAUGCUGACUUGGAGGUAAGUAAUAGAGUUGCGACUGUGAGUCGGGGGAAUCGUUUCGUGAUCGAGGACGAUGAGGAUGAGGAUGACAAUGGUGAUGGUAAGGUGGGUGAUUUUAGCGACCAUGAGGUGUGGUUGUCGGAGGAGGAAGCGGAGGAGGAAGAUGUUGUUAAAAAGGCUCUGCGUAAGUGUGAGAAGAUUUCGGCUGAGCUGAAGCGGGAAUUGUACGGUACAAGCUCCGCAGCUUGUGACCGGUACUCGGAAGUGGAGAUGGGUUCUUCCGCAGCAAGGAUUGUCACUCAGGAGGAUGUAAAUGAAGCAUGUGGAUCUGCGGAUUUGGACUUUAAACCAAUGCUGAAGCCAUACCAGCUCAUUGGAGUCAAUUUUCUUCUGCUUUUGUAUAGAAAGAAAAUUGAGGGAGCUAUAUUAGCAGAUGAGAUGGGUCUUGGAAAAACAGUCCAGGCCAUAACAUAUCUGACCCUGUUGAAGCAUUUGGAAGAUGAUCCUGGUCCUCAUUUAAUUGUAUGUCCUGCCUCUGUUUUGGAGAACUGGGAAAGGGAGCUUAAAAAAUGGUCUCCGUCAUUCACUGUUCUCCAAUAUCAUGGUUCUGCACGGUCAGCUUAUUCAAAAGAGUUGAGCUCUCUGGGAAAGGCUGGGCUGCCACCGCCAUUUGAUGUUAUUCUUGUGUGCUAUUCACUUUUUGAACGCCACAGUGCGCAGCAGAAAGAUGACCGCAAAAUUCUUAGACAUUGGAAAUGGAGUUGUGUGCUAAUGGAUGAAGCUCAUGCUUUGAAGGACAAGAAUAGUUACAGGUGGAAAAAUCUGAUGUCAGUUGCAAGAAAUGCGAGACAGCGUCUGAUGCUUACAGGCACACCUUUACAAAAUGAUUUGCAUGAGCUGUGGUCAAUGUUGGAGUUUAUGAUGCCUGAUCUUUUUGAAACUGGAGACGUUGACUUAAAAAAGUUGUUAAAUGCAGAAGAUAGAGAUUUAAUUUGUAGAAUGAAGUCUAUUUUAGGACCUUUCAUCUUAAGACGUUUAAAAUCGGAUGUGAUGCAGCAGCUAGUUCCAAAGAUGCAGAAGGUUGAGUAUGUAUACAUGGCGAAACAACAAGAAGAUGCUUAUAAAGAAGCAAUUGAAAAUUAUCGUGCUACAUCUCAAGCUCGUAUUGUGAAGUCUUCUGAAACUUGUCCUCAUAAUGUUGCUAGCAUCUUGCCUCGACGUCAAAUUUCUAAUUAUUUUCUUGAGUUUCGUAAGAUUGCAAAUCACCCCUUAUUGGUUAGACGUAUCUACACAGAUGAUGAUGUUGUUCGUUUUGCUAAAAUGCUGCACCCAAAAGGUGUAUUCGGCUUUGAAUGUACUUUGGAACGUGUGAUUGAGGAGCUCAAGAGCUAUAAUGACUUCUCUAUUCAUCGGCUUCUGCUUUACUAUGGUGAUGCUGAUACAGGAAUUCUCUCUGACAAACAUGUUAUGGUUUCGGCGAAAUGUCGGGCAUUGGCUGAACUUCUCCCUGUGCUAAACCGUUCUGGUAGUCGUGUUCUUAUUUUUAGCCAAUGGACGUCAAUGCUUGACAUAUUGGAGUGGACUUUGGAUGUGAUUGGUGUGACUUACAGGCGCCUUGAUGGAAGUACACAGGUGACAGAGAGGCAGACAAUUGUGGAUUCCUUCAACAAGGACACUUCAAUAUUUGCAUGUUUGUUGUCAACAAGGGCUGGAGGACAGGGUCUUAACUUGACUGGAGCUGAUACUGUUAUAAUUCAUGACAUGGAUUUUAAUCCUCAGAUUGAUCGACAGGCUGAAGAUCGCUGUCAUCGCAUUGGGCAAACGAAGCCUGUCACUGUAUACAGGCUUGUGACAAAGGAUACAGUUGAUGAGAACAUUUAUGAGAUUGCGAAAAGGAAGCUAAUAUUGGACGCUGCGGUGCUGGAGUCUGGAGUAGAAGUCGAGAAUGAAAGUGAGAUGCCCGACAAGACUAUGGCAGAGAUAUUAUCAUCUUUGUUGUUGCAAUAAUAUCUGGGAAUCAAGACUUUUGUUGAUGCACAUUGAUUUUUUUCUCUUAAAGAUCGCCAUUCUUCUCUUGUAGAAGUAUGUCUUGUGAAAGUAAUGAUUAUUUAGGAUUUGUACAUGAGAACAGUAAUGAGAACGUCAUAUAUAUACGUUUGUAUGAGCUUUAGAUGGUCCUCAACUUUAUAGCUACUUCAUUGUCUGUAGAUGCUAAAGCCAGAAUUUAAAGAGACGGAAACCGACGACAAAUCGUGCCAAUUGUUACCCAUUUUAAGCUCGAAUUUGUCAUAUUAUUAUCAUUUGGAUUCCGAAUA